UCGCUUGGCAUUCGGUCUGUCACACGCGUUCCGUACGCUCUGCCGUUCUGCUGUUCCUUUAGUUGUUAAUAAGAAAGUUUUUUUAUACGCACGUCAGGUGAUUAUUUUAAACGUGGAUUUGAAAAAACUUACACGUUGAACGUUGUUUUCAAAAUCUAACUCAGCUGAUUUCACUUUAUUAGUUAUUGAUAUUAUUUUAAAUUUUAUGAUUUUUUUUUAUCUUUAAAAAAAGCGGAAUCCAUUUUAAAAAGUAUUAACAAUAAUAAAUAUCGAAGUAAAUAUCAGUUUUUUAUUAUUGGACGAGAACAAAUAGGUUCCAAAACGGGAUUUCAAACGACGUUUUUGAAUUCUAAAGUUAGGAAUCCUAAAGCCAAAGAAUUGUGUUAGACAGAAAUAUAACAUUGAUCAACACGACGACUUGAACAAUAUUAAACUUACAUCAAUACUAUUUUGAAGUUAAUGGUAUCCUAUUUUCUAUCAUUUUCAAAUGAUAAUUCAAAAGAUAUGAUCACUUUUAUACUAGAACAGAAGUAGUAGUGCAGUUGAUAAAUGCUUAAAAGAUAAAAAUAAACAGCUCCGUGUAUCACCUCAAGUAAUUUUAAAACCGUAUUUAAAGAUGCAUAUUGAGGUAAGCGUAGCUCUAAAUUUUGUCAUCUCAUACCUAUACAAUAAACUCCCCCGAAGACGUGUCAAUAUUUUUGGGGAGGAAUUGGAAAAAUGUUUGACAGAGAAGUUUGCUGGACAUUGGUAUCCCGAGAAGCCAUAUCGUGGCUCAGCUUACCGUUGCAUUAAAACAGGAUCUCCCAUUGACCCGGUUUUUGAAAAAGCAUCACGAGAGAGCGGCGUAGCCAUUCAGGACGUUUUAGAAAACUUACCUCAAGAUUUAGCCGUCUGGGUAGACCCUGGUGAAGUGAGUUAUCGUAUUGGCGAAAAAGGAGCUGUAAAAAUAUUGUAUAACGAAAGCAGUGGUGGCUUACAGUUCGACGCUCAUGAUGAUCGAAACGCCGACAGAGAGGUCGUAAAGACAUUCAACCCUGAAGCUCAAUGUUUCCGACCGAUCGACUCCGUGGCGUCCAGUUUGAGCUCCCUAAGCAUUUCUCCACCCGACAAAUGCUUAUCUGGUUCGCCACCGUUAGCCAGCAGUGGUUCGGACAAUUCUUCUCCUACUCAUCACCACUAUCAACAACCAUUGCAGCAGCAACACAACCCGUUGUUCGGCAAAUCAUGUCAACAACCCCAACAACCUCGCAGUCCAAGUGGUCCAUCGUCAUACGGCAGACAACCAUCAGCUCCGUUAACGUUCACCACCGCCUCGUUUGCUCAGACCAAAUUCGGCAGCACCAAGUUGAAGUCCAAUAACAAAAGAGCCAACAGGUUUCUGUUAACUGAAUUUUUAGACAAAAUGUCCCCGACUGAGUUUGCUAACUAUAUCAAGCAACGAGCUGCUAUGCAACAGCAACAGAUUGGCGGUGCAGGUGGUCAGAGAUCAGUGUCUCCGCCACAGCAACAGCACCACCGCGGAGGACAAAUUAGUGAGACGGCGUCCAACUACUUCUUCCAGCAGCAGCAACAACAACACCAAUAUAACAGUUACAGACCCCGCCAAUCAAACGCUUUCCGAAAUAGUGGAGGCUUGACGGAUUACUCGUUGCCGCAGCUUCAGCUCCCCAACAACAACAGUAGUGGUGGUUGGUCUAGCUACAGCGAAUUCGGUCCCCAAAAUUUUGGCUCUCCGAUGGGCCCUUUGUCACCGUCUAACUAUGGUGGGGUACAACAGUCAUCUCCACAUCAACAACCGAUGUCGCAACAAAAAAUGGACAGUUUUAACAAUAUGAGCUUAGGUUCUUCGUCGUAUAGGUCUAGUCCAUACCAGCACCUUUUGGUAGCAAAUUAACAAGGUGUCCAUUUAAUGUAUAAUAACUAGUACAUUAUCGUGCUCGUUUGCCCACCUUUUUCAAAACAUCAAUAUUAUUAACCCCUCAACCCUCCCGACUUUGAUACUUUAGACGCGCUAUUUUUUAAACAUGACUAGAGAACUAUUGCUCCUUCCUUUCCGCUCUUCAUUCCUUAAGACCUAACUACCGCCCAAUAAAGGGCUUUUCUUAUUUCAUAACAAAUAUGCUUGUAUACAUAUAAAAUUUAAGUUAUAUUUUAUAUCAGACGCUUUAAUUCUUUACUUCUCUUUAAAUAAUAUGUAUAUUAAUUCAAAUCAAUGUGAUUCAUCACCUUAAGUAUUAUUAAUUUUUUUUACAAUUAUCUUUUUUUUUUUUGUUAAAACUUUUUAAUAAUAUUUGGAUUAACAUAAAAAUAUUAUUUUUUUUUAAGUAAUUAAUGACUCAUAUUAUCGUUCAGGCUUUCUAUGUUUAUAAUUAUAUAAAUAUAUAGAAGCUAUAGUUUUUAUUUAAUUAUUAUUAAUAAUUUUACCAAUGGAGGAUUAGACCUUAUUUUAACAAAACGUGUAUAGUUUGUUGGUAAAACAUAUUUUAUAAUUCUUUUUUUAAAUUGUAUUAUUCAUUACAUUAAUGUUUUUAUUAUUUUUUUUUUUUUUUACUAAUGAGUGUUCUGUGAACAACAAAUAUAAUUAAUGACCCUCAUUGAUCAUAGUAAAUUAGACAAAGUUAUAGUUUUUUUUUUUUUUAUAUAAAUUUAAUAGAAUCUCCGACAUUCUUUAUAGUUAAUUCAUCCUCCCAUUCUAAGUAAGGGAAUCAACAUUUUCGAAUAUUUGCAUGCUAUUUAUAAAAUUUCAAGUAUAUCUAACUGAUACAAUCUAAUUGCAAUAAUUACGACAAUUGGUAGGUGUUUAUUUUUUAAUAGUUUUAAUUGGUCUAAGUAAUAAAAUAAAUCUUAUAAUAUUGUGUUAAAAUUUAAUAUUUAGUUAGAUAAAAAAUAAAUUAUGACAAAUCAAAAAAAAAAAAAUCAUGAAAAGUUACACUGAAAAAUGUAUCGAUGGAUCUCGUCAGUUAAUAAAAAUUGUUCUUGCAUUUCGCAAUCUAUAUCGAGGUUUACUUAAAAUAAUUAAUGA